CGCUCACGUGACGGCGGCGCCCGCGGGUCACAUGACCGGCCGGUGAGGCAGCGGCCGGCGGAGGUGCGCGCGCGGUGCUGGUGCCGCCGCCCCGCAUGGCCAACGUCGCCAAGAAGGUGUCCUGGUCCGGCCGCGACCGCGACGACGAGGACGACGACGAGGAGGGGCGCGCGGGCGAGGCCACCCCGCUGCUCAACGGCACCGGCCCCGGGGCGGGCGGCGCCCGGCAGUUCACUCCUUCCUCCUUCUUGCGCAUUGGGCAGCUGAGCAAUGUGGAUCUCAAUGAGGACGUCCGUGAGCUGGAGACAGAGCUCCCUCGGCAGUAUCCCAACGAGAUCCCCCACAAUGAGAAACUGCUGUCGCUCAAGUAUGAGAGCCUGGACUAUGACAACAGUGAAAACCAGCUGUUCCUGGAGGAGGAAAGGAGGAUAAACCAUGCGGCGUUCCGGACAGUGGAAAUCAAGCGCUGGGUCAUCUGUGCCAUGAUCGGGAUCCUCACCGGCCUCGUCGCCUGCUUCAUCGACAUUGUGGUGGAGAACCUGGCUGGGCUGAAGUACCGUGUGGUGAAGGACAACAUUGACAAGUUCACAGAGAAAGGGGGCCUGUCUUUCUCUUUGUUGCUCUGGGCGACCCUGAAUGCCAGCGUGGUGAUGGUGGGCUCCGUUAUCGUUGCGUUCAUAGAGCCUGUAGCAGCCGGCAGUGGCAUUCCCCAGAUCAAGUGCUAUCUCAAUGGUGUGAAGAUCCCGCACGUUGUCCGGCUGAAGACCCUGGUGAUCAAAGUCUGCGGGGUGAUCCUCUCCGUGGUUGGAGGCCUGGCGGUUGGGAAGGAAGGACCCAUGAUUCACUCGGGGGCGGUGAUUGCUGCUGGGAUCUCGCAAGGAAGAUCCACGUCCUUGAAACGAGACUUCAAGAUCUUCGAGUACUUCCGCAGAGACACAGAAAAGAGGGACUUUGUCUCAGCUGGAGCUGCUGCUGGUGUCUCGGCUGCAUUUGGUGCUCCUGUGGGGGGUGUCCUCUUCAGCUUGGAGGAAGGGGCUUCCUUCUGGAACCAGUUCCUGACGUGGAGAAUCUUCUUUGCUUCCAUGAUCUCCACGUUCACUCUGAACUCUGUCCUGAGUGUCUACCACGGCAAUGCUUGGGAUCUCUCCAGCCCUGGGCUCAUCAACUUUGGCAGGUUUGAUAAUGAGAAAAUGGGAUACACGAUCCAGGAAAUUCCGAUCUUCAUAUUUAUGGGAGUAGUUGGUGGGAUCCUUGGGGCCCUGUUCAAUGCCCUGAAUUACUGGUUAACGAUGUUUCGAAUCAGGUACAUCCACCGGCCCUGCCUCCAGGUGGUUGAGGCCAUGCUGGUCGCAGCGGUGACGGCGGCCGUGGGGUUCGUCAUGAUUUACUGCUCCAGAGACUGCCAGCCCAUCCAGGGGAGCUCGGUAGCCUAUCCCCUGCAGCUUUUCUGUGCUGAUGGAGAGUACAACUCCAUGGCCACUGCCUUCUUCAACACGCCCGAGAAGAGCGUCGUCAACCUCUUCCACGAUCCCCCAGGCUCUUACAAUCCCAUGACCCUGGGCAUGUUCACGCUGAUGUAUUUCUUCCUGGCGUGCUGGACGUACGGCCUCACGGUGUCCGCGGGGGUCUUCAUCCCGUCCCUGCUGAUCGGCGCUGCCUGGGGGAGGCUGUUCGGCAUCUCCCUGUCUUACCUGACGAAGGGCUCAAUCUGGGCCGACCCCGGGAAGUACGCCCUGAUGGGAGCCGCCGCACAGCUGGGUGGGAUAGUGCGGAUGACGCUGAGUCUCACGGUCAUCAUGAUGGAGGCGACGGGCAACGUCACCUACGGCUUCCCCAUCAUGCUGGUGCUGAUGACAGCAAAGAUCGUGGGAGACUACUUUGUGGAGGGCCUCUACGACAUGCACAUCCAGCUGCAGAGCGUGCCCUUCCUGCACUGGGAGGCCCCGGUGACGUCUCACUCCCUCACAGCCAGGGAGGUCAUGAGCACGCCCGUCACCUGCCUGCGGAGGAUUGAACGGGUGGGCACGGUCGUGGACAUCCUCAGCGACACCUCCUCCAACCACAACGGUUUCCCCGUGGUGGAGAGCAACCCGGACGCCACGCAGGUGGCAGGACUGCGGGGCUUGAUCCUGCGCUCCCAGCUCAUCGUUCUGCUGAAGCACAAGGUUUUUGUGGAAAGGGCCAACCUGAACCUGGUGCAGCGGCGGCUGAAGCUGAAGGAUUUCCGGGACGCCUACCCACGGUUCCCCCCUAUCCAGUCGAUCCACGUCUCCCAGGAUGAGCGCGAGUGCAUGAUUGAUCUGAGCGAGUUCAUGAACCCCUCGCCCUACACGGUGCCCCAGGAGGCCUCGCUGCCGAGGGUGUUCAAGCUGUUCCGGGCCCUGGGCCUGCGGCACUUGGUGGUCGUGGACAAUCGCAACGAGGUGGUGGGCAUGGUCACCCGCAAGGAUCUCGCCAGGUACAGGCUGGGGAAGGAAGGACUGGAGGAGCUCUCGCUGGCACAGACGUGACGUGGGGCGCUGUUGCCCAGCAGAGCUGUGUGCUGGUCCCCGGCCGCUCUGAGACCAGGACCCUUAGUUUGCUGGAGGCGAGGAUAGGGCUGGGCUGGCCAGUAUGGGCAUCGGGGUGCCUGGAGCACCGGCAUGGCCGUGCUGCCCUGGCUCUCCUGCGUGUUGCCCUUUUCCUGUUUCUAAUGGCUUCUCUUCUCCGGGCCUUCUCCUUUCCCCUUCCUGUACUUCCGGAGGGAUCUGAAUACACUGUUGGCUCCGUUAGCUCCUGAUGCAGGCUAUGCCAAAAGUUGGGUCAAGGCUGGAGCGUGCCCUGGGGGAGCUGAAGAGCCCUGCUGAGCUGGACACCAUCUCUCUCUGCCAUGGGCACCUUUCCUCCAGCAUCGGCUCUUCCCUCCACCCACCCGCUGCCAGCCUGAGCUGUCUGGGAUCGCAGCCCUCCCUGGGCGCUUCCCUGGAGGUGGCACCAGGCAGCUGCUUGGAAGGGGGAGAGAUGGAGAUGUGCUCAGGCUCCCUGCCUGCGCUGGGGCCGAAGCAGAGUCCUGUCCCCCCUCUCCCCCUUCUGCCGCUGGCUGGGCCAGGCAGAGCGCUCUGCCCCUCUGGGGGGAGGCGGGGGCCGUGCCCUGCUCUGCUGUGCAAUAAAAGGGCUCCCGUGGUACAGCAGCUGCCGCCUCUGCUCUUUCUUGGUCCCCUUGGCCGCCCUGUGGGGCAGGGAGGGGAGAGCUGCCUCCCGCCCGCGUGGCAGUGGCAGUCCCGGAGCCUGUGCCUCCCUGCCUGCUGCUCGAGGAGGCCCAGCUCUCCUGCUGCGUCUCCCCUCCCACCAUGUUUGGGUCAAGAGUGAACUCUGCUCCAGUCUGUCUGCUGUAGCCCAGGCCCUGCCCCCUUGCCGUGGGGCCGUGGGCCCUGGUGGGGGACGGGGCCCGUAGCCCUCAUGCCCUCCCCCUUGCCCCAGGCUGCGGGGCUAGAGCUGGGGUUGGGGGGAGAGUGCAGGGCAGAGCAGCCAGGGCCACAGGGGCCUGGACCUGACCCCCCACCCCCACCCCCAGCAUGUCCCUGCAGCCCCCGGGCCUCUGCCCCCUGCACUGGCCAUGGCACCUGCUGGGCAUCCUGGGGAGGCAGCGUGGGCACCCAAGCGCUGUGCCGUGGGCCGGGCGCAAGCCUGCUCCCUGCUCGGGGGGCUGCCCGGCGUCAGCUGCAGCCUGGGGGGGCUCCGCCGAGGUCUCCUACUUCCGUGCUGAAAUAAAGCCUGUUUGUACUUUUA